AAUGAUGAUCCGCUCCGUCACUCACUGUAAACAAACGUCAGCUGGGGAGUGAGGGGCGAGAACAAACAAGUAACAUUUUUCAAGUGUUGUCCUGAGUCCCGUGAUUCAAGUGGGGCGGUCCCGGGCCAGUCCUUGCCAUGGCCCUCAAGAACUCCACAUCCGGCUAUGACUCUGCAUUUGAGGAAGACAUUAAGCUCCGUAAGAAACAACAAGAGCGUCAUGCAAAUAUUUAUAAGGACAGAGGACCAAGGCAAGGCCUCCCGAACCGAGCCAUCCUGGUGGAUGCAGCGAGCCAGGAGGAAGGGCGGCGGCUGCGCUACCAGAUGUCCAGCAUGACAGCAUAUGAGAGACACAAGAUGCUCAUCAACAAUUACAUUCUGUACCACCCCGGCAGCACCGCCUUCCUCAAGCGAGACACAUCCAGAGACAAGAAGGACAUUGAUGUGGUGCGAGAGAAUCACCAGUUCCUGUGGGAAAGUUCGGACACACCGGACACCUGGGAAAGGCAGGUGGCCAAGAAGUAUUAUGACAAGUUGUUCAAGGAAUACUGCAUAUGUGAUCUCUCCCACUACAAGGAGAAUAAGGUUGGCAUGCGCUGGAGGAUUGAAAAGGAGGUGAUAUCCGGCAAGGGACAGUUCACAUGUGGGGAGAAGAGAUGCAGCGAGCAGGAGGGACUAAGAACGUGGGAGAUGAACUUCUCUUACAUGGAGCAGGGGGUCAAGAAGAACGCUCUUGUCAAGCUGAGACUUUGCCAUGACUGCUCCUACAAAGUGAACUACCACCACAGAAGAAAAGAAGUGACGAAGGCCAAGAGACGCAAAUACAGAGAGGACACUGAUAAGGAAUCAAGGAAAAAGAGGAGAAAGGACAAGGAUGAAGCUGAGGAGACAGAGGAGGUGGCAGAGAGUACAUCAGGGAGUGGGGAGGCGCAGGCAGCAACAUCACCUGACGACAUAUGGAAGGGACCUGCCAAGCUACCGGAUGAAAAGAGUCGAGAGGAGGAGUUUGAGGAAUACCUGGAGGACCUCUUUCUUUAAACCCCACAAGGUUCACAUGUAGGAUGGCAGAGAGUCCACCCCAAGGACAGCAAAGCAGGUGCGCAUGAGGGUGGAGAGUGCCUGGAGGAGGUGCAGCCGGGCAUACAUGAGGGGCAGGAGGUGCGGCAGGAAGCCCUCCGACAGCACCUGGUGUCUGCAGUAGUACUCACUCCACCGGUGACUCAAGGAGUAGAGGAAGCGACUGAUGUGUGCUGUCUUGGGUCUCCUGCUUCCACCCACCACUCCCACGGCCACCUCCUCCACAAUCUCAGGCCAGCGGAGGAGGUACAGCCACACCAGGUCCCACUCCUCCUGCCAGGGAAGGUUUUCCAUGAUGUGUGAAUGUGUGGCACUUGGAACUUAUCUUAACUUAAAAUAUACAUUGUUUUGGGAUUGA